AUGAAUCUUGAAAAAUCAGCAAUCGAAUAUUCGCCAGCGGCAGAUUUGCCAAAGAAUCGCGAUCAUCCAUACAAAAAGGCAGGUCGUCGUCAUAUGCUUCACGGUCCAAAAGCAAACGACGCCGAUAAAUUUACAAGUCCAAUUGCUCCGACUUCAAGUAGUUCAGGAAAUACUCAUACAUUGUAAGUUUUCAUUUGCCAAUCACAAGCAUCAUUUUCCAAGAGAACAAAAUUCUUGAAAUGAAAAACGUGGCCCACUUUGCCAACUAAAUUCACGCGAGAAUUUUCAGGCAUUUCUGAAAAAAUGCAAGUAUAUUCGGAUUUUUUCAGAGAACUUCCACAAAUUGAAAGUAUUCGACUCAAAACAGUGAAAACUUUGGCAUCUCGAAUAGAUGGUUCUGAAUAUUAUGAUGAAUCUUCGACUGAUAGAAUUCUGUAAGUAUCUGGAUUUUGAACCUCGACCUCUUUAUUCAAUUUUUCAGAGAAAUGUUGGAAAUUGGUCGAAUCGAUGAAGCGAUUGCUCAUGCUGAUACACUUUAUUCAAAUUUUGUUGGAACUGAAAGUGUUGAUAUUGUCGCAUUAGCAGAUUAUAUAAAAAUUCUGGCAGUUUUGCGACAAUGGAGAAGAAUUAGCCAUCUCAUAUCUCGCAAAAAUUAUCAUCAAAUACAUUUGGUUUUUGCAUAUUAUGCGAUUUGCGCAUUAUUUCAUCGAAAAUUGUAUGAAGAAGUUACUGAUCUUCCUGUUGGACAUUUGGUAAGUUUAUAUAUUUAUUUCGAGUACUUGAAUUUUAUAUUUUUAGAUUCCACACAAUGGCAAUCAAAUUUUACCAUUGCGAAGUCCAUCUCAAGUAACUGGAAGAAAUGUGGAAGAAGAAAGAAUGAGAUAUUCAUUUGCAAACAUGGCUGAAUUGGAUACAAUCGCAAGAAAAUUGAAAUUGAAUUCAGCACUAAUGCUUACAGUUGCAGAAAGUUAUUUGAAAUUGAUGAAUCGAGAUGCGGCUAUGAUUUGUAUUUCUUAUGCUAUUCAACACGACAACACUCCAAUUCACGUCGAGCGACUUAUGACAAAAUAUAAUUUAGUGGAACCAAGCGAAUUGGAAAAAUACAAAUCGAUUCGAAAUAAUCAAUUGGAAAUGCACGAUGGUAAUUAUGAUCCGAAAAUUCUGAUGGAAAAAGCACAAAAUGCAUAUGAACAGGGAAGAUUUGGCGAAGCCAAGGAGUUCACUCAAAUUGUAUUUGAUAACUUUGGACCACACAAGGUACAUAGCAAUUUUUUCCACAUAAAAAAAUCUUCUCUAUUUUCAGGAUUGUAUGAUACUUCGAAUUCAUUGUAUGGCAAUGUUGAAAGAUUCACGUGGAUUACUCGAACUUGGACAUCAAUUGGUCAAUGAUGAUCCACACGUUCCACUUCCUUGGUAUUGUAUUUCUUUGUAUUAUUAUACAGUUGGCGCGAAUUUGAGAGCUCGUUCAUAUAUUAGUAAGUUGGGGGAAAAAAUAUUGAGAAGAUCCGCACUUUUAACUUCUGGGUCAAGUUCGAAAAAUCAUCAGAGGCCUUCAAUCCUUUUUUAUAGGUAAAUGCACAAUGAUGGAUACAACAUUUGCUGAAGCUUGGGUCGCUUUUGGACAUAUUUUACAUUAUGAAGUUGAACAUGAGCAAUCAAUGAGUUGCUAUUAUCGCGCUUCAAAAUUAGUCGAUCGAAGUUCCGAACCUUAUCUCUAUGUUUCUCUUCAAUAUAGUUCACACAGCUCAAAAUUAUCGAGAAAAUUCAUGGCUGAAGCGGUUGCUCGUGCUCCAAAAGAUCCGCUAAUUCGACACGAAGAGGCGUGUAUUGCGUAUGCUGGAAAACAUUUCACCGAAGCUGACAAAAUAUUCAGACAAGUUUUGUUGAUGGUAACUGGUUGUACAAUUGAAACACCGUUGAAUGUUAUUUUGAAAAAGUUGGUUUUUUAAAAAGCUGAGAAUGAAUUUAGAAAAAAACAAAUAAUUUAGGAAAAUCGAGGAUUUCUGGAGACCAAUGAUCAAUAAUUUGGGACAUAUUUCAAGAAGAAUGGGAAGAUUAGAAGAUGCCAUUUUAUUCCAUGAGUAAGUUUUUUGAAGAAUUCGAAAAAUUGCAAAUUCGAGCCAUUUUCAGAAAAGCUGUGAAGAUGGAGCCGAAAUUCGUUGAUGCGAUUGCUUCACUUGCGAUUUGCUAUUCACUUGUAGGAAAUGUAAGUUAGGCUAAAUUUCUUCUUUCUGGAAGAAAAAUACAUUUUUCAACUUAGAUUAUUGAAAAAUGAUAGUAAUUUGAUUUUCAGAAAUCAAUAGAAAUUAAAAAAAAUAAAGUUCAAUAUUUUUCCAGAUUUCUCGAUCUACCCAAUUCUUCAACAGAGCUCUUGCAAUUGAUCCAUUCAAUGAGGUGAAUAUUUUUCACAUUUUCAAAAUCCUUACCAUUUUUCAGACUAUCCGACAAUGUAUGUCUGUGACUAUGUUAGCUCAAAAAGAAAUCUAUGAAGUGGAUGAUAAUUUGAACUUCUCGUUCAUCGAUAUUCAAUCUCACGAAGGUCAACCGAUUUUGAAAAAUUGCGCAUUGAGAACUGUGAGUUUCUGAAAAAUUCGAUCUAGAAUCAUAUUCCAAUGAUUUUCAGCCGUUUGAUGAUGCUUUCAUGAUUCCGGAAGUUCCUCAAAUUCAUGCACCACUUUCAACAAUUCCGCCACCAAAACCAUCAACAAAUAUUCAAGUUGAUGUACAAUUGUGA